UAUUAAUCAUUUUUUCUCAGUUAACAGUAUACCCAUAAAAUAUAGACACACUCAAACGGCGCUGAAACGGCUUGUUUCAAUUCUUCCUUCUAUUUUGUCUUUUUCUCUGGCCUUACUCUCUCGUAUUUUAAUUGGAAAAUUUUUUUGGAAUUUUUUAAAGUUUCUUAAAUUUUUUAAAAAUUUUUUCAGUUAAUUUUUUUCGAAAAGUAUGAUUGAUUGUCACUGUCAUUUGGCAGAUCCCUGUUUUAAUGAAGAUAUUGGACAAGUAAUUGAACGGGCGAAGGAGGCUGGUGUAGUGCAUGCCAUCGUUGUAGCAGAAUAUCCUACCGAUUUUCCUCGUGUUCUCCAACUAGCGAAACAAUUUCCUGAUUUUAUCAAGCCCUGUUUGGGUGUUCAUCCUGUUCAGAAAGGCUGGGUUUCAGUCACUCAACAAAUGUAUAAAGACACACAAGUUGAAAAAUCAAUUAGGGAUGCUUUCGAAGCCAAUUUAUUGCAUGGAAUUGGGGAGGUUGGACUCGAUUUCACCCCAAGAUAUUUAACCAAUGGAAGCGGCGAUAAAGACGAACAACGAGCUGUUUUUGCUUCGCAAAUUGAGCUGGCGAAGGAAUUGGAUUUGACUUUAAACGUCCAUUCCCGUUCUGCCGGAAAGCCUGUAAUCGAACAAUUACAAUCCCUUGGAGCAAAAAAUGUUCUUUUGCAUGCAUUUACAGGCAAUAUUAAAAGUGUUCGUUUGGGUGUGGAGGCCGACUUUCAUUUUUCUUUGGCUCCAGCUUUUACUGUUAAUAAAGAAAAGGAAGAAUUUGUGCGUACUGUCCCACUCGAACGUCUUUGCCUUGAAACAGACUCACCCGUCUUGGGCCCAAAUAGAGAAGAACGAAAUGAGCCCGCAAACGCUCGUUUGAGUGCUGAAUUUAUUGCGAAAGUAAAAGGAAUUGAUGUAGCUGAAGUGAUAAGAGUUACAAGUGCGAAUGCUCGAAGAUUGUUUAAAAUACCGCUGUGAUUUUUGGAAUUUUUGUAUUUAAUUUUUGUUGAAUUUUUUGAAAGAAAUUUUUUGAUUUUUUCUGUUUUUGAGGUCCGAUUAACCCGAUAAAUGUAUA